AUGCCGGCCCUGAGGAACGGGCUCCCCGCGGACGAGAGCUCCGGCGCUUGCCCCUGGGCGCGUCUGGCCGGGGCCGACUGCUGCCCUUCGGAGCCGUACUGCCUCUGGUUCCGGCUCUUAGCCCGAGCCUACUGGGGCGAGCUGGAACUGGAGCUGAAGAGCUCCAGCCGCGCCGUCUCCUGGGCUCGCCUGCGGGAAGCUUCCAAGAAGAACUGCGCGCGAUCGCGGGGCAAGGCGAAGGAUGGGCCCUCGCAGAGCGACACGUCGGCCGCCGCGACCUCCCCCGUUCCGGAGGAGGAGGCCUUUUCUUGGCCCGGCCCAAAGACGCUGUGCCUCCGCCGGACGUCCCAAGGCUUCGGAUUCACCCUGCGACACUUCAUCGUCUACCCGCCCGAGUCCGCCGUGCACAACUCUCUCAAGGAUGAAGAGAACGGCAGUCGAGGGAGGCAGCGAAGUCGCCUGGAGCCCAUGGACACCAUUUUUGUCAAGCAAGUAAAGGACGGCGGGCCCGCGCACGGAGCUGGACUCUGCACAGGCGAUCGCAUCGUGAAGGUGAACGGCGAGAGCAUUAUCGGCAAGACGUACUCGCAAGUUAUUGCUUUGAUCCAGAACAGCAACGCCUCGCUUGAACUCUGCGUGAUGCCCAAGGAUGAGGACAUUCUCCAGCUGUUUUCCAGGGACAUCACUGCUCUGGCGUAUUCUCAGGACGCAUACCUCAAAGGAAAUGCGGCAUACAGCGGUAAUGCCCAGAACAUCCCCGAACCCCCGCCUAUAUGCUACCCUCGGAUAGAAAUCAAGGCUGCGGGCAAGGCGACGGUGGUCCCGGCCGUCGGCAACGCCCCCCGAGAGGCAGCUCAGGGUUCCGGAAGACGAGGCGGGGCGACGGAGAAAGUUUACCGUGUGGAAAUCCCUGUUCCCCCUUCGCCCCCGGCGCCACAGACGGCGCUUUACGUCUGCAACGACAACUCGAGGACAGCGGAUUCGACCCCUGAGCGAGGGGUGGCUCGGGCGGGCCCCAGCCACAGGACUGAAGAGAACCGAUACUGUCCUUCCGCAGAAGCGGGUUCUCCACUAGCCAAACCUCUUGUUUCUUCGCUUCCAGGAGGCGCGCAGUCGGCGCACCCUUCCCAUCCUGUCGAGACGCCCGUGCACUGCCCCUCCCCGGGUACUCGACCGAGCCCGAACCACCCUGAUAACUCCCCGGUACGAGCGUCUCUCACCCCGGAUGUGUUUUCCCCCAAAACGGAGCGCCACACUCCCUCUCCGACCGCCCCCUCUUGGACAUCGCCUCACCAGAACAUCGACUGGAGGAACUACACCACCUACAAGGACUACAUCGACGCCAAGAGGCUCCACACGUACGGCUGCCGCACCAUCCAGGAACGCUUGGACAGUUUGCGCGCCGCCACCAACUCUAGUUCCGCCUACGCCCAGCAGCGCACGUCCUCGCCGUGCAAUAGCCAGAGAGGGCUGACGGCCUCUCAGGUCAGAUGGAGAAGCAUAUCCACAGAUCGAGGGGUCAACGGCGGGACGCACGCCAGUCCGUUACGAAGCGCCUCUCAAGAGAGGCUCGGCGGGUCGGAGCGGGGCAGGCACUGGCCUCGCAGCGCUUCCCAAGAUGCGCUGCCCUUCUCCGGUCCGGACGCGGCGGCUAAAACUCGAGCGCGCUCUUCCGACCACUUGGGCCAGCAACCGGCGCUCGGCACCGCCGACCGCACGGGUUUGGAGGACCGGCUUUUGCUUUGCCAAGGCGAGGAAGCCAGAGCGAGCAGGCAGGGAUCCGGUCAAAGAGCUUUACCUCAUCUCAGACAGGACGCCGAACGACAAGGAUUAGGGAACUCUUCUUUAGCCGAUCGGACGUGUAGCAAACCCCCAUUAAGGGCGGACGUCAACAUCAUCAGGCCCUCGCGGCUACCCGUUAAGAGUUCGGCCUCAGACCUCACGGCCGCCGCUAAAACCGCAGACCAAAGAACCCACGUCACCGGAAACCACGUGGGGUACCCGUCGCCUCCGCACUUAGAGCUCAGGACUCGAGCCGACAGUCUAAAAAUGGAGAGCCGGUCCGAAGCCGGUUUGGCGGCCAGGUCUUCCUCUUGUUCAGGUCCCUCUUGUAAGAGUUUAAUACAAAGCGGCGCCGUUGACGCCAACAGAGCCGUUAGCCAAAAGCCAAAGUCCUCGGUACGAAGUAACGGUGGUCCGGCGGGGGGCGUGGAAGGACCGGACGCCACGGUGGUGGUCCUGAGAAAAGACAAAACCUCAGGAACCGCUCGCGCCCGUCCCCCGUCCUGCAUCUUCUCCGUUUGCGACAACCAAGGCAAGUCGCAGCCGUUGGUGAAGGCGGGUUCUGCCGACGCGGUGGCGUAUUGGACCGACAGCUGCAGGGAGAUGCACCUCCGGCGGUUGGGAGGCACUCGGCAGAAGAGCGCUUCUGAACAUCUGGAUGACUCCUUGGACUCCAUCCCCUUCAUAGAUGAACCCUCCAGCCCCAGCGCGGAUAUGGACGCCAUCAACAUUCCGGCCUCGGCCGUCAUCUCCGCGACGCCCGUCAUCGCCACCGUACCACCCAGCCCGACGGCCACGUCGCCACUUAUGCGCCGACACAUGUCGCACGACCAUGAUUCCCUCCGGCUCACCAUCAUCGAGUCGGAUUCCGGGGGUAAAACGGAGCGCUCAAUGUCGUACGACGAAGGUUUGGAUAACUACCGGGACGACGGCGGAGGGAGAUCCUUGAUAGGUGGGCUGAAAGGCCUCAGAAAGGUGACAGAUAGGUCAUCGGAAGAUUCCGGAUCCAGGAGGGACUCGUCCUCCGACAUCUUUUGCGACGCCGCUCGGGAGGGUCUUCUACAUUUUAAACAGCUUAAUACUGAUAAGGGAAAGCGAGUGGGCGGAGGCAUGCGCGCGUGGAAGCAAAUUUACGCCGUCCUGCGAGGUCACUACCUGUGCCUGUACAAGGACAGGAAGGACGGGCAGGCGCACGCCAACUGCCAGACGUCGGACGAGCCGCUGCCCAUCAGCGUGCGGGCCUGCCUGGUAGACAUCUCUUACAGCGACACCAAGCGCAAGAACGUGCUGCGCCUCACCACCUCCGACUCCGAGUUCCUCUUCCAGGCCGAGGACCGCGAGGACAUGCUGGCCUGGAUCCGCGUCAUCCAGGAAAGCGCGCGCCUGGACGAGGAGAACGCGGCCUUUACCAGCCAUGACCUCAUCAGCCGGAAGAUCAGGGAGUACAACACCUUGAUGAGCCCGACGGGCAGCAAGACGGAGCCCUCGCCGCGUUCGUCUCGCCAGUCGCUCAGCAUUCGCCAAACGCUGUUAGGGGGCAAAGGAGACUCCAAAACUCCCAGCCCGAACUCGCCCAAGCCGGCGGAAGACACCAGCCCGCCUAAGGACAAGGGCACGUGGAGAAAAGGCAUCCCCAACCUGAUGAGGAAACCCUUCGAGAGGAAAGCCGCUGCCGGGGUCACCUUCGGAGUGCGGCUGGACGACUGUCCUCCCGCCAUCGGCAACAAGUUUGUGCCGUUGAUCGUGGAGGUGUGCUGCCAGCUGGUGGAGGAGCGCGGCUUGGAGUACACGGGCAUCUACCGAGUGCCGGGAAACAACGCCGCCAUCUCCAACAUGCAGGAAGAGCUCAACAACAAGGGCAUGAGCGACAUCGACGUCCAGGACGAUAAAUGGCGGGAUCUCAACGUGAUCAGCAGUUUGCUGAAAUCCUUCUUCCGAAAGCUCCCCGAGCCGCUCUUCACCAACGAUCGCUACGCAGACUUCAUCGAGGCCAACAGAAUAGAAGACCCCGUGGAAAGGCUGAAAGUGCUCAAGAGGCUGCUUCGCGAGCUGCCCGAUCAUCAUUACGAAACACUCAAGUUCCUCUCGGCUCACCUGAAGACCGUCGCGGGCAACUCGGAGAAGAACAAGAUGGAACCGAGGAACCUGGCCAUCGUAUUUGGUCCCACCUUGGUGCGCACCACUGAGGACAACAUGACCCACAUGGUGACGCACAUGCCCGACCAGUACAAGAUCGUGGAGACCCUCAUUCAGAAUUACGACUGGUUCUUCACCGAUGAAGGCAACGGAGAUCCUGUGACGGUUUCCCACGAGGAAAGCGCCGUGGAGUCGCAGCCGGUUCCCAACAUCGACCACCUGCUCACCAACAUCGGUCGCACGGGCACGUCGCAGGGCGAAGUAUCAGAUUCUCCCACCAGCGACUCAGCCAGGUCAAAGGGUUCCUGGGGUUCGGGCAAGGACCCCUGCGGCCGAGAGCUCCUGGUUUCCUCCAUUUUUGCCGCUGCCGGCCGCAAAAGAAAGAAGUCCAAAGAGAAAGCGCAGCCCAGCAGCUCUGACGACGACCUAGACGGCCUUUUCUCCAAGAAGGAAAUCCCCGGGCGGAAGGGCGACGACGCUCAGGGGGACGCCCGAGGAAACGGCGAACGGGGGGAUAACGGCGGCGAGUCAAAACCCGGAACCGAGCGGGACGCGAGACGCCGCUCCCCGGACGACGUCGGGGGGAAAGCCGAGCCGUCGUCGGAGCCCGGCGCGUCGGCCAAACCGAGAGCGGGCGAGGCGGACGUGAGCUCCGUCGCCUCGGACUAUUCCACCGCCUCGUCCGUCACCUUCCCGACGGCCGGCGAGUCCCUGGCGCUCGGCCCCGAGCCGCAGGGCGGCGAGGAGGCGGACGACGAGCGCAGCGAACUGGUCAGCGAAGGCCGGCCCGCCGAGACCGACAGCGAGGGCGACUUCCCCGUGUUCGGCGGCGCGGCCGAGACGGAAGGCCGGCGUCUUUUCCCCGCCCAGAAGACGACGGAGCGCGACGCGCUCUCUCGUCGCCGGUCGCCACGAAACAAGACGGACAGCGAGUCCUCGGCGGCGAGCGGAGAGUGUCGGGCCGAGGCGACGGCGCGCUUAGCCCGGGUUCUGGAAGUGAUGAAAAAGGGGCGGUCCACCAGCAGCCUCAGCUCGUCGUCCCGCAGCGAAUCGGAGCGCUCCGAGCCCGCCGCCUGGCACCUGAAAAUCACCGAGCGCCUCAAGUUCCGGCUCCGCUCCUCCUCCGACGACGCCUUCCCCCCGAAGAGCCGCUCGGCCGAGGGCCGGCGCAGGAACAACGUGCGACGGCGCCACACCGUGGGCGGACAGCGCGAUUUCGCCGAGUUGGCCGCCAUCCACGACUGGCGGGAGCAGGGCGGCGCCGACCGGACGGCCGAGCCGUUGCCGUCGGGCCGCCUCCGACCCCGCCGCGCCUCGCAGGACUCGGACAUCCGCGACUGGCUCGGCCUCCGAGGGGGCGGCCCCUCCGCCGCGCCUCCCAAAGCCGUCCCCGAGGACUCCGACGUCAAGGACGCGCCAGCCGCUAACGGCAAAAGCAAAUCGGCGCCGGGGGACGACGCGCACCCGCACAAACUGUCGGGGGCGCAGGUGGUGCGCUCGCGCUUCUACCAGUACCUCUGA